UCAGCAGUAUAUAACAAGCUUGCCUAACCUAAACAGAUAUAGUCAUGCAGCAGGUGCCAGUGGUAGUGUUCAUCACAGUCCUCCUGUGCGGGGAGGUGAUCUCCGACACCACAGUCACCAUCUACAAUGAGUGGCUCUCCCAGGGUGGACGAGUCCAUUAUGAGGUGGACAGAUGGAACAAAUUCAAUGGUCUCCCUAACUCUAACCUGAUCUCUAAAUGCAAAGGUAUUGGUGCCGAACCGGGGCGCUGGAUGAACAGAGACUUGAAUGGCCAUCUAUUUGCAAAUUGGCACCAAAAUCCCAGUCACCAUGGUUACCCAGACCCACACUACCUACAAGACGGUGGCCUCCAGAGGAACACCUUUAACAAGUACAUGGAGCAAGUCCAUGGUUUUGGAAAUGGCGUCAAGAAUAUUGUAUGGGUAAUAAAAGGUCUCAGCUGGCCAAAUUGGAUCGACAAGUCACAUCAUCAAGGCAAGUUCCCAAAUAACGUAGACGCUGCGGCAGAGUUCGUAUCUCUGAUGGUUCAGAGUGCCAAGGAUUACUCCGGAGGACACCUCCCAGCUUACUUUGAAGUCAUAAACGAACCCGACGCUUCAUGGCAGGCCCUUGACGCCAAUACUGUCUUAAACUUCCAUAGAGAUGUGGUUUAAAAGCUAAAGUCAAGAUUUGGCAUCAAGGUGGGAGGUCCAACAUAUACAGGCUACACAGUCAGAACAGAUGCCAAUAAUUUCCGUUUGUGGAAGGGAACAACACAGUUUAUGGACAUGUCUCUCGAUCACAUGGACUUCUUCUCCUUCCAUGCUUACAACGAUAUCAAUGUAAACGGCGGUAGUCACCACUUUACUGGUAUCAACGAAGCACGAUUGGUUGCCUUGAUUGACAUGAUAGAAAACUACUCUCAUAUAAAGAAAGGAAGGAACGUUCCUCUUAUUAUCAGCGAGUUUGGCAGAGGCGGAGUUCAUGGAAUCAGUCAGGAAGCCCAUUCUGGAAUUGUAGAUUUUGGAACUCUAUACCUAGGAUUUGGACAAAUGUUUACUUAUCUGAACCUCAGAGAGUUUAUGGAAAGAGCUGUUGUUUUCCUUCUAGCCAAUGAGCAAUAUCCAGGUCACAAUAGUCUCAACUGGUCCCUUUUCACUAAGGAUGGCCAUGAGACAGCACUUGCAAACUACUUCCGUUUCUGGAAAAACUUGUACUACGAUCAGAAGUUUCUAAGAUUUUCAAGUGCGUUCACCGGAAGUGAGAGAGUAGUUUCACCUCUAGCACUCGCAAACCCAAAAAACAAAGAUGUUAUGGUCCUCCUUUACAACUAUGGGACGAAAUGGCAAAACGCAAAGCUGGACUUCCACAAUGGCUGGAUCAACCCAACAACAGGUGUCUCUUCUUGUCUGCAGUACCAGAAUGGCAACCCAGUAAUGCACUGGAAUGUCCACUUUGACACCAACAAGAACAAUGGGCAUGUCGGUCUCCCAGGAGAGGCAGUCUGUUUCUACAAGUUCAGCACCAGCUAUAAUUUUGGAGGCGUCAGGACUAACAAUGAGAAUACCUACUAUGGGAAGAAUAUGGUCAUCCCGAUCAAUAACGGACAUGCGCAAACCACGGUUCAGGUACAUGGAUCUGGCUUCCAUUCUGCACGUCUUAGGAUCGGUGUAAGCAGGGACAAGAGCCAAAACGGGAAACCAACUGUCACAUUUAAUGGCUAUACACUGUCAUCAUCCUACAACCUGUACGAUUCAGACAAGUACAACGCUCCAACCAAGUGGGAAUUGUGGGAGUUCUCGGUGCCUGCAAACAGAGUUCACUCUUCCAAUACAAUCGGUAUGUCCUUGGGAGGGAAUGGAGGACACGUUAGCUCUGUCGCACUGAUUGUUGGAUACCUUCAAUAAUAAAGAAUAUGCAUGACA